AUGCACCUUUCCAACGUCCUCGCUCUCCAUGCAGUCGUGUUCGGCGCUGUCUCGAACGCAGCCGUGACUUCGGACCCGGCGACUGCUGUCUACUCGCUGUCUGCUUUCGCGAUUGGCGACUGGGGCACAACUGUCACACCGCAGUCGUGCUGCGUGCGGUCCGCCUCGUUCAACAACUACGACGUCCAUGCCCAGGACGUGGUCGCGAGCUUGAUGAACACCGAGGCCGGGCAAACUGCUGUCAAGCCGCAGGCCAUCAUGGGCCAUGGCGACAACUUCUACUGGACUGGAAUCAACAGUCGCGAAGCACGCGACUCGCGGUUUACCACGACGUUCGAAGACAAGUACGACGGCGCGAACCUCAAGUCGAUUCCGUUCGUGAACGUACUGGGCAACCACGACUUUGGCGGCGCUAGCUACAUCUGCAGCAGUGGGGACAACCCGGCCAAGUGCGAAAGCACCGAGGCAUUGAUCCAGGGCCUCGAGAAUAAGUUCAGGUGGCAAUCCGAGUACGUGAGCCCGAACGACAACCGCUGGAUCCUGAAAGACCAUUUCUACGUCCAUCGGAUCGCGAACCCGGCAACGGGUGUCAGCAUCGACAUCUUUAACGUCGACACGAACGACGCGGACGUGCACGGGGCCAUGCAAGUUUGCUGUCAAUGCUACGGGUACUCGAACGGAAACGGCGCCGUGUGUCGGUCCGUAGGUCGGGGACAUCAGUACUGUGCUGGUGGGAACACGGGUAUGUUUGACACGUGUAUGGCUAAGCUCUCCGAGUGGGGCGCCAACUCGCGCGCUCAGAUCGCUGGACUGGUCAAGCAGUCCACCGCAACGUGGAAGAUCGUCAACGCCCACCACAGUCCGUAUAACCACUACGGUCCGGCCGGCAUGAACAAGUGGUUCGACGUCUUGCGAAACUCGGGUGCCCGCGUCUGGUUCAAUGGCCACACUCACGCAGCCAAACAGGACUUUUCCGUGCCUUUGGGCAUUCACUUUUUCGAGAAUGGCGCAGGAGGUGGGAUCCAGAAAGAGUCUGCCAGCGGCAUCCCUGAUUAUGCUGCUAGCUACAUCAAGAACGAGUGGGUGUACUCGGGCGACGAGUAUGGCUUCAUGUCCGUGCAGGCUUCGAAGGAGUGGCUCAAGGUGCAGUACCACACGGCAGACCAGUCGUGGUCGUUUGGCAACAACUUCGAGAGCACGAAGAUUGGCGGCGUCGUCGCCAAGCACUGCUGGUACAUUCCUGCGGAUGGCACCGAGGGCAGACGAUGCUAG